AUGUAUAUAUGUAAUAUUUGUGAUUGCUUCCUUGCUAAUAAAUCAGAUGAAAUAACCUUACAAACUUAAAAGAAAGAAUAACAAUUAAAGUAUGAAUUGAGAGUUAAAUAGUUUUUAGACAUUUAAGAUGAUGUAUAAUUGCAAAGAAGAUGAAUUCAAAAAAUAUGAUUUAUUUAGUCAUCUAUAUUGUAAAUUCUGUGAUUAAGAAAUUGGAAUGAGAAUUGGAAAAGAUUUGUCUAUUUAUAAAUGUCAAAUUAAAGAAGUUAUGAAAUCGAUAAAUAUUGGAGUAUAUUCUUUAAAAUAAGAACUUUUGUAGAAGAUAUCAUAAAUUCUUGAAAAUACAUGUUUUUAAUGUAUUGUAAAACCAUUGUUAAAGAAAGAAUUAAGUAAUGUUUAAUUAAUUCCAAAUGUAAAUGCAGCAAUCAUAAUACAUUAAGUUGAAUCAAGAGUAUUAUUAUUAGGUAAGAAUGGAUUAUAUAAUGAUUUAACAGAAUAAUUAUGGAAAUAAACAUGCGGUAAUGUAUUAUUGAUUUUAUAUGACAAAGAUGAAAAGAAUAAUUAAGAAGAAUUAAUAUAUAAUUUAGCUACUUAUGGAUAGUAACCAUAGAUUGCUGAAUUGUAUUAAUCUUAAAACUUAGUAUUUUUUACUGAAAUUCUUAAUCUCAAUUUAAUCUUAUCAAAAUAUUUUGCAAAAUCAUAUAAUCAAAUUUAUCCAGUUGAAAUUUUAAAGAAAGAAGGAGAUGUUUCAAAUGAAAAGUGUCUUCUAUUGAAAUACUAUAAUGAAAAAUAUAAAUAAAUUAAUCAUCCAACUUAAGAUGAUAAAUUAAUACUGUUAUUAAUAAACAAAUCUCAGAAGUAGUUCUAAUUUGAAUGUAAAAUUUAAUGA